AUGGGGUACAUAAUGUUGAUCAUAACACUGGUACUGAUGUUUUGGGCGUCAAUGGUGAGAAUGCAUGAAUUACCAGUUCAGUAUCCACCGUGUUUCUUCAAUCCUUUGUGCACGUGUUCAAAAGCAGUACCCGAUUUGGGAAUUGUUAAUUGCGAAAAUGUUCCUAUGUCGAGGAUUCCCGAACCUAUUAACUCAUCACUAUGGGAACUUGAAUUACCAUACAAUCAAUUGGUUCAAGUACCCAGUAAAUCAUUUCGCCAUCUACAAAAAUUAAAGAUUCUUGAUUUGACUGGUAACCAAAUAUCAACAAUAGCAGCAGAUAAUUGGCGAGGUCUUGAAAAUACUUUGCACACAUUACGUCUCGGAAAAAAUCACAUUGACAAAUUACCUGCAGAUGCAUUUUCUGGAUUAACAUAUCUCGAAAUUCUUGAUCUACGCGAUAACAGUCUUAAAGAAAUUGACUCCUCGGUAUUCCGUGAUGGAAUGGCUCAUUUAACUCAACUUUAUCUUAACGGCAAUCAAUUGACGUCUAUACCUUACAGCCAAUUGUCGACAUUAAAACACAUGAAAAUAUUGGAUCUUAGUUAUAACCGUAUCACACGAGUGAUACAACCACAAAUGGAAGCUGAAAUUCGUGGUGUUCAAAUUUCACUUGACACACUUCGUCUUGACUAUAAUCAGAUAGAAAUUCUGCCACCUGGAUCAUUUCAGCACUUUUUCCGGGUUAAUACAACUUAUAUGAGUGGAAACCCUCUAAUGGAAAUUGAGGAUGACGCGUUUAGAGAUUCUAAAAUAAAGGAACUUUAUUUUACCGAUUGUGAACUCAAAGAAAUUGAUUCUGCUUCAUUGCGUGGUCUUGAAUCAUCUCUCGAGCUUUUAGAUAUAUCGGGAAAUAAUAUUACUGAAUUACAGCAAAAUAUUUUUCAAGAAUUUGAUUUUUUGAGGACACUUAUUUUCAAGGACAAUAAAAUAGCAACUUUUUCACCAGUGGAAGUAUUUACGGGUUUUCAGUACUCACUAUACAACCUAGAUUUAAGUGGCCGACAAAAUGCAGCGAUAUCUCUUCAAGACCUGCGGCAAAUGCGUAACUUGCGUUGUCUUGCUUUGUCUAAAUUAUCACACGACUCAUUGUCAGCUGACGAUUUCAUCGAAUUCGGUAUUGACGUGAAAGAGUUACGCAUAACACGCAGCAAUCUAAACAGCAUCAAAAGUCAUGCAUUCACACAUGUUCGGGGAAUAAAAUAUUUAGACUUUUCGGAAAACUCUAUUUCGUCGAUGGACGAUGAAGCAUUUUCUGAAGUGGGACAUUCUUUGUUGACACUUAAACUUGCUCAUGCUCUAUCCAGUUCAUUGAGUGAACUGCCUAGUAAACCAUUUAAAUCUCUUACUAAUUUACAAUAUCUUGAUUUGAGUAACAAUAAAAUUCGUUCAAUGUCUGACACGUGUUUUCAUUUUUUGAAACGAAUCAAGAGAAUUGAACUUCAGGACAAUGAAAUAACUGAAAUACGAAAAGGAACUUUUCAGGGUGACAUACACUCAACAUUAGAAGAAGUUGAUUUCGCGUUCAAUCACAUAACAAAUCUCCAAACUCAUACAUUCGUCGAUUUGUCAGUGAUGACAUUUUUAAACUUGCAAGACAAUAACAUCGACAAAAUCGAACGACGUGCCUUCAUGAAUAUGAAUCGAUUGAAAUAUAUUAAUUUAAGAGGAAACAAAAUAAUUAGUGUCGUCGAUGAAGCCUUCCAAAAUUUGCCAGAUCUUGAAUUUUUGGAUUUAGCUUACAACAAAAUGAAUGAAUUUGAUUUUGCUUGGUUUGACCAAGUCGGAACUCUAGCUUCUUUCAAAGUCAACGCCAGUCACAAUUCGAUCAGUAAACUAGAAAUAAAUACUUCUAGUUUUACACCAGCAACAAGUAUGUACUUUAACAUGGGAGGAACAUUGCAAUCAAACAUUCGUGUGCUGGACUUAAGCCACAACAAUAUUACGGAUAUAAUGAAGUAUUACUUUCGACCAGUGGAAUACGCUUUGACUCAUCUGUAUUUAUCUCAUAACAAAAUAGUCAACAUGUCGCAAGCAGUAUUCGGUAAUCUGCCGCACCUUCAAUGGCUUGAUUUACGUCACAAUGAACUCAGUGACAUUGAUUUUGACUGCUUCCGUAAUACUAAGAAUAUACAAGUGCUGCUGCUGUCUCACAACAAUAUCGCGGAAAUCCCCGUGGAAACUCUAAGAAGCCUAAAGAAGUUACGCAUUUUAGAUUUGUCAUACAACAGACUACGAACUUUGCCAGAUAAUUUGUUCACCGAUGCUACUAUCGAAAGUCUUGACCUCUCAAAUAACCAAUUUAUGCGCUUACCAACAAAAGCAAUUACUGGUACGGCAGCAGCUUCUAUUUCAAUUCUUGAUUUGUCCUGGAAUUUUUUGUCAAGCAUCAACGUCGCUGAUUCUAUAAAUAAAUUUCGUAGCUUAACAUUUUUAGACUUAUCGUACAAUAGAUUAGUGCGACUAGAUGAUGGUGUCUUUACUGAACUUCAUCACUUAACGUACUUGGAUCUCAGUAAUAAUAAACAACUGAUACUUGAAAAUCACGGACGGACAUUUUUUGGUCUUGAUGACUCGCUAUUAACUCUGGGUCUCAGUAAUAUUUCACUUCUGACAAUUCCAGAACUUCCCUUUCGGCAUUUACGUACUCUUUAUAUGUCCAACAACGAGCUUGCGUCAAUUCCAGCAGAAUUAGCAUCUAAUUUGUCAUCUCUUCAUCAUCUUGAUCUCAGCCACAAUGAUUUAACAGUCGUCCCACUUAUUACUCAUACACUUUUUGAAUUAAAGUCGUUCAAUCUUGCUUACAAUCCCAUCACAUCUGUUUCCAAUACAAGUUUCUUAGGACCUGCUGAUAGCUUAAUUGAACUGGAUAUUCGUCGACUUCCUCUAUUAACUUUCGAGGCUGGAGCAUUCUGCAAAGCAUCAAAACUUCAAACUCUGCACAUUACAGCUUACACUACAAUUAAAAACUUCAAUAUUCCUAACUUGAUUGAGUACAAUCAUGGAUUAAAAAACUUACUUGUUGAUGUCCAAAAUGAGACAACUCUUGAAAAAGAAAUGAAAGGAAAAUUCUCGGUUAAAUUAUCUAAUUUUACCUUCACUGGAAGAAGUUUGAAAGAUAUUGACACUGACAUUCUACAAGGAAUGCGAAGUCCACAUCUUCAUUUUGGUCUUUACAACACAUCUGUUAGUAAAGUACCGAGAAAGCUGUUUGAAAAUGCACGGACAGUUCGAAAUAUCACUGUCGACUUGCACAACAACGAUCUUAAGACACUAGAAAAUCCAUCAAAUGGUUACAAACCUGGUGCAACGGACAAGAAAUUUUUAAUGCGAUUACGAAUGCAAGGAAGCGCUGUUAUUUGUGAUUGCGAAAUCGGAUGGAUUGAAGGCUGGCAAAGAAAACAUAGACAAUACCAAGAAGAUAGAUGCAAUACAUUCCCUCUUCAUCAGUACGAUUUCGAGCGCGACGAAGAAAACGAAUAUAGCUGCUGGGACAACGGUUGGGAUGAUGAUUUGCGGGAGAGUUUCUGUGCUAACAAAAAUAACAUGUCAGUAAUACAAGCCCUUAAGACAGACAUUGAGUGUGGCUGGUCAGUAGCAAGCACUUAUCAAGUAUCUCAGUUGCUCGUACUAACAAUCUGCAUUCUUGCUGCUAAAAAUCUAAACUGA